CAAAGCCCGUCAAACCACACAGAAAUGAGAGCUUCUUCAGUUAUUAGCUUCCAGCAGUCGGUGGCAAGCAACCUUAAGCGUCCAUGGCAAACCUUUAAAGAUGGCCAGAUCUGGUACGGAUUGACCAAAAGAGGGUCCAAGAGACACCCGUUGACCGGAAAACAAGGAAACAAGCAUUUCUACAAGGGUACCGGCUCUACCGGUUACGGUAAGCUUAACUCCAUGGGAGUCUACGUUAUGGACUGGAAAAAGGUCAGAACAUAUGUCGUCCCCGCGGAGCUCAACUCUUCGGAUCUCAAGGCCUUGGUUUCUCCCAAAGUGCCCCAAGUUUUGCAGACUUUCAAGGGGUACACCGACGGGUUCAAGGACCCCCAACUCGCAUGGCACAACAUCAAGGACUUUAUUGAAUUUGGUGAAAACUACAACGACCGCGAUUUAGAGAAAACGCAGUACUUGGAGGAGCACGUGCACCCGGACAUCGUCGCUGCAGAGCAGGCGGAGAACACGGUCAGCCAAUAGGUUUUGGAAACAUGUAUAUAGAUAAUGAGAACGUGAUGGGUUUUUGGUUUUGUUGUAAAUUUCAAGGCUCUUUACAAAUGUUGGACUUGUUCUUCAUCUUUUGAAGUAUGAUAAAUAGUAUGAAUCUUGAACAUGCCCUGGGGAUCAAAGCCAAUAUCUGGUCAAAGAUGAGACACUUGAGAUUUGGGUUCUUUGUUGAUACAGAGUGAAUGUUCUGAAGCGUUCGUGUGUGGAGUCAGCUGUAG